AUGAAGGCUCUCGUCUACGCCGGCAAUGGCUCUGUCACCCUGCAGGAUCGUCCUGUCCCCAAGAUCGCUUCACCAACAGAUGCAAUCAUCAAAGUCACCAAGACCACCAUCUGCGGAACCGAUCUGCACAUCCGAAAAGGCGAUGUCGCUACCUGUGAGCCAGGAAGAGUUCUAGGUCAUGAAGGCGUUGGCAUUGUCCAUUCCGCAGGCCCGUCUGUUGCACGCUUCAAAGAGGGCGAUAGAGUUCUCAUCUCUUGCAUUUCAAGCUGCGCGACCUGUGAAUACUGUCGAAGAGGAAUGUAUAGCCAUUGCACCUCUGGUGGAUGGAUCCUUGGCAAUACAAUCGAUGGAACUCAAGCUGAAUAUGUCCGCAUUCCCCAUGCCGACUCGAGUCUCCACCCUAUUCCUGAUGGGGCAGAUGAGGCUGCGUUGGUAAUGGUCAGCGACAUCUUCCCAACCGGUCUUGAAGUUGGCGUUCUCAGUGGCAAAGUCCAACCUGGAGGGACUGUAGUUGUUGUUGGCGCUGGACCGGUUGGCUUGGCUGCUAUUAUCACUGCCCAGCUAUACUCACCGUCUAGGAUCAUCGCCGUUGAUAUGGACAAUGCAAGACUUGAUGUUGCCAAGAAGCUCGGUGCAACUGAAGCAGUCGUCAGCGGCCCAGACGCUGUCGCCCAAGUAAUGAAACUGACAGAUGGGAAAGGCUGUGAUACCGUCAUUGAGGCUGUUGGUAUUCCUGCUACUUUUGAGCUUUGUCAAAAGCUCAUCGCAGUUGGCGGCGUGUUGGCAAACGUUGGUGUGCACGGCACCAAAGUGGACCUCCAUCUUCAGGACCUAUGGAUCAAGAACAUCUCGAUCACUACGCAGCUGGUGGAUACUGUUACUACCCCCAUGCUGCUCAAGCUAGUGCAAUCUGGCAAGCUGCAACCCUCACAGCUGAUCACCCAUAGUUUCAAGCUGAGCGAUGUAGAAAAUGCUUACAAGACAUUUGGCGAAGCAUCGAAGCAUAACGCUCUGAAAGUACUUAUCGAGGUGGAUUAA